GUUGCCCAUAUCAGUACUGUCUACAUACAUACAUAUAUAUAUACAUGUGCAUGCAUGUAUGUAUAUGCGUAUGCGUAUCCAUGUGUACGUAGACAUGUAUAAAGGCCUGUAAAGUGUCUGUUCUGGAAGAAAAGACAAAGCCCGGAGGAAGAAUGAUUGCGUGAGAAGAGCUUUAAAAUCCCAAUAACCAAAAAAAUUGGAGGAAGCCUAAAACUUCGAACAAGAACAAGUUUUUUUUUUUUUUUGUUUCUGUGGAAUUUGAUUCGUAGAUCUUGUGGAGAAGAUGGAUGAAGAAAGGAAUCUGUUUGGGAAUGAAGAAGGGGAAGAAGCAGAACCAGACCCAGAGAACAACACUCUGAACCAGCCUCUCCUAAAGAGGAACAGAACACUUUCUUCAACUCCACUUGCUUUGGUCGGCGCAAAGGUUUCCCACAUAGAGAGCUUGGACUAUGAGAUAAACGAGAACGAUCUGUUCAAGCACGACUGGAGAAGCAGAUCGAAGACACAGGUGCUUCAGUACGUAUUCUCGAAAUGGACAUUGGCCUGUCUGGUCGGCCUCUUGACUGGUCUCAUCGCCACUCUCAUCAAUCUCGCCGUCGAAAACAUCGCCGGUUACAAGCUCCUCGCCGUCGGCCAUUACCUCUCCCAGCAACGAUACAUGACAGGGCUGAUGAUCUUCACGGGGGCGAACUUGGGAUUGACGUUAGUGGCUGGAGUGCUCUGUGUAUGCUUUGCUCCUACAGCUGCAGGGCCUGGCAUUCCUGAAAUCAAAGCUUAUCUCAAUGGCGUCGACACUCCCAACAUGUUCGGUGCCUCCACUUUGAUCGUCAAGAUCAUUGGAAGUAUCGGAGCGGUGGCUGCAGGGCUGGAUCUGGGGAAGGAGGGUCCGCUGGUUCAUAUCGGGAGUUGCAUUGCUUCGCUGUUAGGACAAGGCGGACCGGACAACCACCGGGUCAAGUGGCGGUGGCUACGUUACUUCAACAACGACCGGGACAGAAGGGACCUUAUUACGUGCGGUUCCGCCUCCGGUGUCUGUGCGGCUUUCAGGGCGCCAGUCGGAGGUGUGCUCUUCGCCCUCGAGGAAGUGGCCACGUGGUGGAGGAGCGCUCUGCUCUGGCGGACGUUCUUUAGCACGGCCGUGGUGGUGGUCGUGCUGAGGGCGUUCAUCGAGAUCUGCAAUUCCGGCAAGUGUGGGCUGUUUGGAAGAGGAGGCCUCAUCAUGUUUGAUGUGAGUAAUGUGUCGGUCCGUUACCAUGCCGCGGAUAUUAUCCCCGUCACUUUGAUCGGUGUCCUCGGCGGCCUUCUCGGGAGUCUCUACAACCACCUCCUGCAUAAAGUUCUCCGCCUCUACAAUCUCAUCAACCAGAAGGGUAGGGUUCACAAGGUGCUUCUGGCUCUUUCCGUAUCACUCUUCACCUCGGUUUGCCUGUACGGUCUUCCUUUCCUAGCGAAAUGCAAGGCCUGUGACCCGUCUAUUGCCGAGACCUGCCCGACAAACGGAAGAUCGGGCAACUUCAAACAGUUCAAUUGCCCAGAUGGUUACUACAAUGAUCUAGCCACUCUCCUUCUCACUACCAACGACGAUGCUGUCAGAAACAUCUUCUCUUCCAACACUAUGAAUGAGUUCAACAUGGGUUCUCUCUGGAUAUUCUUCAUCCUCUACUGCAUCUUGGGGCUUUUCACUUUCGGUAUCGCCACCCCGUCCGGUCUCUUCCUCCCCAUCAUCCUCAUGGGCUCAGCCUAUGGCCGAAUGCUUGGCACUGUCAUGGGAUCAUAUACAAGCAUCGACCAAGGGCUUUAUGCUGUCCUUGGUGCAGCUUCUCUCAUGGCCGGUUCGAUGAGAAUGACCGUCUCUCUGUGUGUCAUAUUCCUCGAGCUUACGAACAACCUUCUUUUGCUGCCCAUUACGAUGAUAGUGCUUCUGAUUGCCAAGACUGUGGGAGACAGCUUCAACCCAAGCAUUUACGAAAUCAUAUUGCAUCUAAAGGGCUUACCUUUCUUGGAUGCAAAUCCCGAGCCGUGGAUGAGGAACCUCACUGUUGGCGAGCUUGCGGAUGCUAAGCCCCCGGUCGUAACCCUUCACGGCGUAGAGAAGGUUGCUAAUAUAGUCGAUGUGCUCAAGAACACGACACAUAACGCGUUCCCGGUUCUAGAUGAUGCAGACGUACCUCAGGUGGGUCUAGCCGAUGGUGCUACAGAACUGCACGGGCUGAUCCUGAGAGCACACCUCAUUAAAGUUCUGAAAAAGAGAUGGUUCUUGUCAGAGAAAAGAAGGACCGAAGACUGGGAAGUGAGGGAGAAGUUUACCUGGGUUGAAUUAGCCGAGAGAGAAGACAACUUCGAGGAAGUGGCAGUGACAAGCGCUGAUAUGCAGAUGUAUGUCGAUCUUCAUCCGCUCACCAACACGACUCCAUACACGGUUGUGGAGAGCAUGUCGGUGGCUAAGGCCAUGGUGCUGUUCCGGCAAGUGGGUCUCCGCCACUUGCUCAUUGUCCCCAAGAUCCAAGCCGCAGGGAUGUCUCCGGUGCUCGGGAUCUUAACCAGGCAGGAUCUCAGGGCAUACAACAUUCUACAAGCUUUUCCUCACCUGGAAAAAUCAAAAGGCGGAAAGCUACACUGAGCCGUGACAUACACCGCUGCAGUGGCUUGCAGCAAUGUCGUUUUCGGAGAUAUUUCUUUUCGGUUUUGCAUUCUUUCUUCAUAUUCAACAGGUGGUGAUGAUAAGAUAAGAUAAAAAUAUACCAUAGAUUCGGUUUUCCCCUUGUAAAGCUUGUUCUUUUUCUGUCGUCUUUUCACAAUAAAAACAGAGGACCGUAUCCCCUAUUCAACAGAAAAGGCGCAGGAUAAAAUUGUUCCCUUCAUCCUUUGAAGUCCAGGAGUUACAGGCAUGGGACUCCUUCAUUGGA